AAACUUCACUACUUUUCAUAGUAAUUCAGUAUGCACAACAUGUACCGUCUGACGUUUUUGUUAGCUUUCUUAUUUGCUUGGACAUUAUGUGAAAUAGUUGUUAUCAAAAAACAAAAAGACACAAUAUAUAGUGGUCACGUGCUGUUUACGGUAGCUAUACCAAUGUGGUCAUUGUGCGCCCAGUUUUGCUCGAGAGUGCAGUUGUGCAAAUCUAUAAACUUUAUAUCAUGGAAUAAAACUUGCCAGAUAAAUGAUGCUGAACCGGGGGAAAGUAAAUGUGGACUCAUUGAAAGUACUGGAAAUAGCUUUGUAGCUGCCUCGACCUUUCCAAAGCAACUAGCUGGUCAAUGCAAAGGAAAUGCUUGUAAGCGCAAUGAGGCCUGUGUGCCACGGGGACCGAACUACUAUUGUGUUCCAUUACCAAAUAAGUUAUCUGAAAGUAGCACACACCCUCGCAUACGGGACUGCAGUGACCUUCCACAAGGAAGUUGGUCAGGGAUAUAUACAAUAUAUCCAUCAGAUGAGAAGUUUGAUGUUUACUGUGACAUGGAUACAGCAGGACUUGGUUGGACGGUUUUCCAAAGCAGAAUGAACGGAACUGUUGAUUUUUACAGAGGAUGGUGCGAUUAUGAGAUUGGAUUUGGAAAUUUGGAAUCCGAGUAUUGGUUGGGAAAUAAUUUCAUAAAUGUUCUAACCUCUUCUGGAAACUACAAGCUUUACAUACACCUUGAAGAUUUUGAAGGGAAUUCGAGCUUUGCAGAGUAUUCCGAAUUCAGUGUCGGAGAUGCCACAACGAAGUAUACUUUAAAUAUAGAUGGAUAUAGCGGUGAUGCAGGAGACGCCCUUAAAAUCCACAACGGCAUGAUGUUUUCUACUAAAGACAAAGAUAAUGACAGAAGAAAUGGCAGCUGCGCACAAAAACGUCAAGGGGCAUGGUGGUACAAUGAUUGUUAUGCUUCGAAUUUGAAUGGGGCAUAUUUAGGUGCACAUCACUCUUUUUCUCGUUUGGGUAUGAAUUGGAAUAAAUGGAAAGUGUACUACUCGCUGAGAUCUACUAAAAUGAUGAUUAAACGACACUUAGAACCAGUUUAAGAAAGACUCACAAUUGUUUUAUACAAAAGAGCACAGCCAUUUUUUUUAAGGAAUUUGAUGACGUAACCAAUGAACAAUCGAAAGAUACUAACUGAAUGUAAAGUAUAUGCCUACGGAAGAGAAAUAAACUUUCUUAUUG